GCGUCUCGCGCACCGUCAUCGCUCGGAAACCUCAAGAAACCGACCGCCGAGGAAUCGCGUCGCCGGCACGGUGAUUCCCACCAUCUCGUCCGCACUAUCAGACGGACCUCUUCCCUUCGUUGGGCCUUCCUAGGAGCUCGCCGUUCUUGGACGCGGCGGACCGUGAAAUCUCCGGAAACCUCAAGAAAACCAUCGCCGACGAAUCGCGUCGCGUUCACGGGGAUCCCACCAUCUUGACGGCGAUAUCAUGCGGAGCCCUCCCCUUCGCCGGACUUUCAUAGGAGCUCGCCGUUGUUGGAUGCGGCGGAACGUGAAAUCUCCGGAAACCUCAAGAAAACCAUUGCCGAGGAAUGGCGUCGGCGUCACGGCGGAUCCCACCAUAUCACUGGCACUAUCCGGUGGAGCCCUUCUUUUCGUCGGACUUUCUUACUAGCUCGCCGUUCUUGGACGCGGCGGACCGUGAAAUCUCCGGAAUCCUCUGCGUCGGAGUACGGCGGAUCACACCAUAUCACUGGUAUCCGGCGGAGCCCUCCUUUUCGUCGGACUUUCUUAGGAGCUCGCCGUUCUUGGACGCGGCGUUCCGUGAAAUCUUCGGAAACCUCAAGAAAAUCACCGCAGAGGGAUCGCAUCGCCGUCAAGGUGGAUCCCACCAUCUCGUCGGCGAUAUCAGAGGGAGCCCUUCUCUUCCGGACAUUCUUAGGAGCUCGAGUUUCUUGGAUCCGGCUGAUCGUGAAUUAUCCUGAAACGUCAGGAACCCGCCGCCAAGGAAUCGCGGUGGCAGAUCCCACCAUCUCGCCGGCGAUAUCAGACGGAGCCAUCCCGCCGCCAAGGAAUUGCGUCGCCGUCACCGCGGAUCCAUCAUUUCACCGGUGCUAUCAUCUUGAGCCGAUCCGUACGGGUUUCUAGCCCAUGGUCGGAUGUGGAUGUUGAAACGCUUCUUGAAGUGCACAGAUGGGGAUCCGGUGAACAGGGCAUUGGGCUCAAUGUUAGAUUGCAAUCGCUGAUAUGUUGAAGGCAAUGAUGAGAAAUUUGAUUUCGCUGAAUCCGAAAACUGAUCCGUCGCCUAGUUUUCCUGUGGAAGGCCUUUGUGUUCAGAUGGAUCUUAGUUGGCUGGCAUGAGAUGCAUAGAUACCAGAAGGUCUACCCUAUGGAGAUUUGUCAUAACAAGCGAGAGGAUCGAUGAGUGGCUCUGGUGUGACGAGGACAUAUGGGCUUUACAAAAGGAAUGCUCUCGACUGCUUCCAGAAAGAAAACCGCAACCACAGCAAUAAUAGCACCAUCUGGUCUUCAAAAGUUGGCCGACUUUCCACUCUCUCGACAUUGCAACAGUUGCGGUUGGCCCCAAGCAAUAGCAUUUCCUCCUCACAUUUGUGAAGAUUACUACAUCGACGCCGCCUUGUGUUUCCAUGUCUCUCUCUAUAUAAACCCGGGAGAGGAGUCGCAGAUUCUACCACGAGCUGUUUGUUACUAGGAGCAGAUAAGCUCGUGAUGUUGGAAGCAUUAUCUCCAAGGUCUCACGUAAAAGACACGAGGUAUUACGGUCUGACGAUUCCAUCACUAGCCACAGUCCUGAUCAGACAGCUUUGUCUCUCUGCUCGGUUCACAGAGUGCCAGUUAUUGUUUUCGAGAGGGAUAAAUGCAUUGUCAUUGCUGCUGUUCCUGAAACACUGGGUCUGCUGCACUGGGCCAUUGACCACGCUGCACCUAUGUCCACAGCCUGCAGGCGCAAUAACUACAGACAAGGUACGAUGGUACCUGCAAGUUGCCACGGUGCCGUCUGAUGAUGGGCUACAAGUGAUGCAUGAGAGUUCAGUCCCAGCGAGCUUUCAUCACUUUUUGACAGAAGGGAGAUCUCGGUCGUACUAACAAAAUUACCAAACUGGGGCGAUCCGGUGGCGCGCACUCAACUUGCUAGCCGUGGGGGGGUCACGAGGAGAAAGCUUAUUUUGCGGAACAGUGAUUGCGGCCUUGGAUUCCAGCGGUUUGGUCUGAAACGGGAACACCUCAGUGAUCUGCUUCGGUCUCCUGAAGAUGACUCACCUCGUUGCUCGCUCCCCAUACGCCACGAUACUUUCCCUGUGGUGUGUUGCUGCUAUAAGCGGAGAAGCCAAGGGGUGGCAUUACUCCAAUCGAUAAGUUCAAUCAUGGACGCCAACGAGGCGACGAGGAUGGUGUUCUCCAAGAUACAGAAUCUGGACCCGGAGAACGCCCCCAGGAUUAUGGGCCUUCUCUUGCUGCAGGAUGACGCCGAGAAGGAGGUCAUUCGCUUGGCCUUCGGCCACGAAGCCCUCCUCCACGCCGUGGUGGUGAAGGCCAAGGAGGAGCUUGGCCUCGCUCCGUCACCCUCUGCCGGUGGCUCCGCAGCUCCCCCCUACCUCCUCCGUCUGAACUCCACCAAGCGCCUGCUCGCCGUCUCGUCCCCUUCCUCGGGGGCCCCGAACUCUGUGUUCUCCCGCUCCGGCAGCAGUCUCGGUGACAUUGGUUUGGAUGGAUCGUUGGAGCAACUCCAGAACUCCGACGAGCUCAUUAGCCCCAGCAAUUUCAGCUCGUCCCCAUUCCAUGGCAGCGGCGGCGACCACGUUCCGGACCAGUUAUCCUUCCUCGGCGGCCCCGCCGCGGCCCCUAAUUCCAGGUCAUCGAAGCCCAGCAGCGGCGGCGACGUGAUCCACCCGGACGUCGGGUUCUGGAGCCCGCGAGGGAACGGUGACGGUUCGCUCUUCCCUUGUGGGUUGGGAUGGGGACUCGACGGCUACCAGCAUCAGCGGAGCUGCUCCGCCGAUGACGUCCUCUUCCUCGGUGCCGCCCCCACACUGGAGUUCGGUUGGGAUCCGUGCCUCUACUUCGCGAGAGGCUACUGCAAAAACGGGACAGCGUGUCGGUUCCUCCACGGGCUACCGGAGGAGGCCGCGGCGACCGCUGUCACCGGCGCCAAGUUGGAUGCGGUGAUGCAGCAGCGCCAGGAGCUCCUAAUGAGAUCAAAAAGCCAGAGGAUGGGCGGCGCUUCGCAUCUCAUGGCCGCCGGGUUCCCAUACUCGCCGACGGGUUCGGUGCGGACUUCUCCGUCAUCCACCUCGAGCAAAUUCCUGAGCUUCUUGCUUCAGCAGCAACAAAACGAGAGCCAAAGGGCGGCAGCUGCGGCGGCGCUGAUGCUGGGAAAUCAUGGUUCCAGGCAGAUCUACUUGACCUUCCCGGCUGACAGCACGUUUCGGGAAGAGGACGUGUCCAACUACUUCAGCAUCUACGGGCCAGUGCAAGACGUGAGGAUCCCCUACCAGCAGAAGAGGAUGUUCGGCUUCGUGACCUUCGUCUACCCGGAGACCGUGAGGCUGAUCUUGGCUAAGGGAAACCCACACUUCGUCUGCGAUUCCCGGGUUCUCGUCAAGCCAUAUAAGGAGAAGGCAAAACUCGUCCCCGACAAGUACAACAGGAAGCAGCAGCAGCAGGAGGCUGAGAGGUGUACGACUUCUGCAGCCCUGGAUGCUAGAGAAGCCUAUGACCUUCACCAGCUUGGUGCAAAGAUGUUGUACAGCAGCACCAGCGAGGAGCUGCUGUGGAGAAGAAAGCUAGAAGAGCAGCAGCAAGCAGCGGAGCUGCAGCGGGCCAUUGAGCUACAGGGGAGGCGAUUCAUGGGCCUCCAAAUCCUUGACCUCAACAACCAAAGCUUCCCCACCUCAGCCACAUCAUCCUCCAUCGACUCCCCCAUCAUCACCUCCGCUCAACCAAUCAGUAAUCUGGACAGAAGCAGUAGUCGGGUAGCGUCGCCAACCGAGGCUGAGAGCCUCAGCAUUGCAGAACCUGAAGAGAAGGUUAAUAGCUCCCCUGGAUCUUUACUCCAGCAGCAGCACGAAUCUGCCGAUGAAGAUGGUGACUCCCGUGGGAGGGCGGAUCCUAACUUGCCCGACAGCCCAUUUGCUUCACCCACCAAAUCUUCCUCCAUGCUCGACUCGUUCUCCACCGGCGAAGACAUGACUACUUGCUGCAUCGCAAACAAUGGCAGCAGCGGCAACAACAGCUUCUUCACUUGACGUCCCCACCUCCGGUUCAUACUUCUUCCAAACGCCGAGGUAAAAAAGCACCCCACCCGUCACUGAAAAAAGAAGCUUAGGGGACAUAAUGAGCCAAGUGUAAGCCUCAUUGCCCGCCCCUUUUUUUUUGGUCACUUUCAAACUUUUGCCAUGCCUCUUUUUUUGGUUUUUGAAACAGCAAAAGCAUAGUGACACGCAGGGCAGGGUGAAAUGGAUUCCAUGGAUGGCCCAAAAGUCUAUGGUUUCUUCUUUCUUUUCUUCUUAUAGUUUUCCAGUGUAAGCUUUACAGGAAAACCUUCCCUUGCCAUCGCUGAUUUCGCCUGUACCCCGGUUGCCAUGACAUCGUGUCAGUAAGGAAUGCGUACCAUGGGAAUGCAGCUGGAACAAUGGGGACUACGGCUCAAUAUAACUGGAAGUUCAAUGUCAUGCAGGUCCAUUUCCACCAACAUCAACACCAAUAUAUCUGCAGAUGUUGAAGCUAUAGCUACGUCAAGACAGAAAGCCGGAACUUGUUUUGUCAUGCAGGUCCAUUUCCACCAACAUCAACACCAAUGUCAUGUUUUGAUAUAGACACCCAAAACAUCAAGACAGAAAGCCGGAACUGGUUUCUAGGGGGGGAAAUAGAAAGCAGGAGAGGUGAAGGACAUGAAGAGACAGAAGAAAGAGAUGAGAGGGGGUACAUGCGUCAACAUCUGCCGCCGAUGGUCUCUCUUUUUCUUUUCUCCUUGUGGUGACGUUUGUUAGUCACCAGUACUAGUUUUACAAACUGAUGGCAACUGAAAUGAGAAACUAUCGAACUAUGGGUCUUACUAAAAAAACACUUUUGUACCAAGUUGGUUUCUUAUAUUUCUC